AUGUCUGCUGUCACCCGUGGCCUGCGGACGGCAUCGAAGCAGCUUCGCGUCUCUCGUUCGUCGUGGCUCUCCGUGGGCCGCUCGGCCUCCGUCGGCGCUGCGGCUCGUGUCUUUGCGACUCCGUCCUCGACAUUGCGCAGCAACUUUUCCACCUCUGCCACAAGACACUCUGGUGCGCCCGUCAUGGCUUCUCAACCGCGCGAGUACGAUCCUGAGAUCAAGGACAUUGCCGACUAUGUCGCCAACAAGGCCAUUGACUCGGACCUGGCUUUCGAUACUGCCCGAUGGAUCCUCCUCGAUACCCUCGGCUGUGGUCUCGAGGGUUUGAGAUUCAAGGAGUGCACCAAGCUCCUUGGUCCCAUUGUCCCUGGCACCGUCGUCCCCAACGGCACCAAGGUUCCCGGUACUCCCUUCGUCUUGGACCCCGUCAACGGCGCCUUCAACAUUGGUGCCAUGAUCCGAUGGCUCGACUUCAACGACUGCUGGCUGGCUGCUGAGUGGGGUCACCCCUCGGACAACUUGGGUGCCAUCUUGGCCGUCGCCGACUGGAUCAACCGCACCAACAAGGCCGGCGGCAACCUGGCUGGCGGCAAGAUCUAUACCGUCAAGGAUGUGCUCGAGGCCAUGAUCAAGGCCCACGAGAUCCAGGGCUGCCUGGCCCUGCUCAACUCCUUCAACAAGGUCGGUCUGGACCACGUCGUGCUCGUCAAGGUGGCCUCCACCGCCGUCGUCUCCAAGAUGCUCGGCCUCAACGAGAAGCAGAUUGCCGACGCUGUUACCCAGGCCUGGGUUGACGGCCAGUCUCUGCGAACCUACCGCCACUCCCCCAACACCAUGUCCCGCAAGUCUUGGGCUGCCGGUGAUGCUUGCCAGCGUGCUGUCAACCUGGCUCUCAAGGUCAUGAAGGGCGAGCAGGGUGUUCCUACCGUGCUGUCUGCUCCUACUUGGGGUUUCUACGAUGUCCUCUUCAAGGGCAACAAGUUUGAGUUCCAGCGUCCUUAUGGCAGCUACGUCAUGGAGAAUGUUUUGUUCAAGGUCUCCUACCCUGCCGAAUUCCACUCUCAGACCGCCGUCGAGGCCUCUGAGAAGAUCUUCCACCAGCUCAAGGCUUUGGGCAAGUCCGCUGCCGACAUCAAGGCCGUCACCUGCCGCACUCACGAGGCCUGCAUCCGCAUCAUCGACAAGCAGUUCAAGCCCAUGGACAACUUCGCCGACCGUGACCACUGCAUUCAGUACAUGUGCUCCGUCAUGCUCGUCUUCGGCCGCCUCGAGGCCACCGACUACACCGACGGCGGCGAGGCUGCCACCUCUGAGCUCGUCGAGUCCCUCCGCCAGAAGAUCAAGUGCGUCGAGGACACCCAGUACACCCAGGACUACCACGACCCCUCCCUCCGAACCAUCUCCAACGCCCUCACGGUUGAGCUCAACGACGGCACUGUCCUUGACGAGGUUUCUGUUGAGGCUCCUCUCGGCCACCGUCUCCGCCGUGACGAGGCCAAGCCCGUCAUCCUCGCCAAGUUCAAGCGCCACCUCGAACCUCACUUGUCCGCAAGCCGUGUCGCGGAGCUUGUUGAGCUCAGCCAGAACAGCAGCAAGCUCGACAACAUGUCUGUUGACGAGUAUGUUGACCUGUACACUGUCAAGGAGAGCAAGUUCUUGUAA